CAAAUCCAAAUUUUAUUUGUCACCUUUCCCAUACUUGCUACUCUUCUUUCAUGGCUAAACACUCCAAAAAAAGCUACACAUAUCUCAGAAAAAAGAACUACUAAAAGAACUAUUCUUUCUUGCUUGUUUUUGAAGAUUUCUAUCCCAUAAAACUGCUAAACAAACAAGCUGUUUCACACAACAACGUUCCUGCACAAAAGUUGGAUAUUCAAAAAACAAAAAAGGUGAAGGAAUGUAUGGUAAUUCCCCUGCAUAUACCAAAACUAAAGAAGGGUUAGUUUUAAAGAAGAGAGAAAAGCAAUUAAACAUGGAGUCAGAGUAUGCAAACAGCAAUAUGCGGAACAGUAGUACUACUUCUGGAUUGUUAAGGUUUAGUUCAGCUCCAACUUCUUUUCUUGCAAAUUUCACUGAUAAAGUUGUCAAGAAUGGGAAUUAUAAGAAUGGUUUGGGUUCAAAAUUGAAUCUUGGUAGCAGUCUUGGUUUGAAUAAUUCACAGCUGCCACCUCCAUAUCCAAGGCAUAAUUCAAUAAAUGGGUAUAGGGUUGUCAGUUCAAUGGAAAUGGAUCGUCAAAGGCAAAACAAAUUGGGAUCAAAUCUUAUGAGACAAAACAGUUCCCCUGCUGGCUUAUUCUCUCACCUCAAUUCUCAAAAUGGUAGUGGUGUUGGAGGUUAUAGAACGGCAAAUGGUGCCAAUGGAGAUACAGUUUCACCUUCUUCCUUGGGGAUGUUGUCUCGAAUCAACGAGGUCGAGAAUGAGAUCAGCAGACUAACAACUAGCCUUGGUGAUGACCAGUCUGGAAAUGGAAACUCAGAAACUCAAUAUUACAAUUCUGGAUUACCAUUUGCCUCUUGGAGUGAUUUUCAGGAGUCCUUCACUGGCCACAAAAGGGAGAUGCUGGAUAAUGAAGAGAAGUUGUUUGCUAAUUCUCAGAUUGGACAACUUGGAAAUCAGACUCCAAUUUUGUCACACCACUUAAGUUUACCAAAGACACCAGCUGAAAUAGCUGCAAUGGAGAAGUUAUUGCAACUCCAAGAGAUCGUUCCGUGUAAAAUCCGUGCCAAACGUGGUUGUGCUACUCAUCCAAGGAGCAUUGCCGAGAGGGUAAGAAGAACUCGAAUUAGUGAAAGAAUGAGGAAACUGCAGGAGCUUGUCCCAAACAUGGAGAAGCAAACUAAAACAGCAGACAUGUUAGAUUUGGCUGUUGAUUACAUUAAAGACCUCCAAAAACAGUACAAGACUCUUACAGACUGUAGGGCAAACUGCAAAUGUGCAGCUAUGCAGAAACCAGUUUCCAAUCAAAGGGUUUGAUUUUCUUCUGUACAUGGAGAAAGGUUGAGGUUGAAGCAAGCAUCCACAAUAGUCUCUCUUUCUCCUUUAAAAGAAGGAGAAAUGGAAGAAACAAAGCUAUGUUUCUGUUUAGCAGUUAGCAGGGGCAAAAGUGGUCUAGAUACUAAACCAACAAGGUUCCAAACAACAAAAUUAGUGGGAAAGGCAUAGUUUAGUUCAUAACUAUCUCUUUAUUAUACAUGUAUUCCUUUUCCCUUUUAAAUGGCGGCUCGAUGUACAAGGUAUCCCCUGCUCACGCAGGGUUCGGGAAAAGACCGCAUCUCAAAAAGUGUAAUAUAGAUAGUCUACUCUAAUAUAAAUAUUAAUGAUUACUUCCAAAUCUUGAACUC